UUUGAAUAUGCAAAUUUUAAUGCCACAGGUAGCAGGCCAAUGGGAAUUACCAUGUGGGCCGUUACCUUCAGUGCUAUAAAGAAGACCGUCUCACGUUUACUUCUUCUAGUGGUUUCAAUGGGUUAUGGUGUUGUACGGCCCACACUGGGCGGUAUAACCUCAAAGGUACUUCUUCUGGGUGUGGUAUACUUUCUAGCUUCUGAAGCCUUGGAGCUGGUUGAACAUUUGGGAAAUAUCAACGACUUCUCCGGAAAAGCGAGAAUCUUUUUGGUGUUACCCGUUGCUUUAUUAGAUUCCUGCUUCAUUGUAUGGAUAUUUUCCUCAUUAUCCAAAACUUUAGAGAAGCUUCAGAUUCGUAGAAGCGUGGCCAAGCUUGAACUGUACCGAAAGUUUACCAAUUCUCUAGCAGUUUCAGUUCUGCUCUCUGUUGCUUGGAUUGGCUAUGAGCUGUACUUUAAUGCAAGUGAUCCAUUGAGUGAAUUGUGGCGAAGAGCCUGGAUUAUCCCUGCUUUCUGGACCAUACUAGCGUACUUGCUUUUGACGGUGAUAUGCAUUCUCUGGGCUCCUUCGAAUAACCCAACCAGAUACGCAUAUUCAGGGGAGACUCUUGAUGAUGAGGAGGAGGGUCUGUCCCUCACAGGCAGUGGAGUAAUAGUGGGAGGAGAUCUUGUGUCUAAACUGGAAAGGAAGGAGAGGAAGGCAUCUAUUGCAGCAGAUCAUGUGUUUGGGCUAGGAGAAGUUCUUGAGGAGGAUAAAAGAGAAUGAUGCCAUUCAUUUCGGGUUGUUCUUUCACUCGUUCAUUCAUGGACGCAGAAAUUUGCCCAGAUAAUAUUUAUACCUCCUUUUCUUUUCCUGUUUUUCGUAAAAGAACAGACUGAAAUACAUGGCGGUUGGAAAUUAGCAAGUCGGAUCGGAGAAAUCCAAACAACAUUGCAGGGAAGAUUGGCAUCUCUCUUGUCUGAAGAAUAGCCGGAGAAGGCCAGCCGGGUGAGCUUGGCAUUGAAGUCCAGUUCUCAGAGGCAAUCACAAUUUUAGGCUUAGUAAUUGAAACUUCAGACGUGUUGUGAAGUCGAUUAGGCUCCAUGCCAGUUUAGAGGAUGCAGAAAGACCCUUGUGGUCAGUGAUAUGUGAUAACCAAAGCUUCAAAUUCAAUUAUGAAUGCUUACUUAUUUUGUGCUAUAAUACUUUUGUAUUGUCA